AUGGUGUGGUGCAUACAAACAGGAAACUAUCUAGAGUUCAGCAAAGAAAGUGUGUGCGCUUUCUUCACCAGAAACAGCAUACCAAUCUCAGCCCACACAAUAGUGAAAGUGCAUCUCAAAGAGAGCGCAUACAGCUCCGAGGAAACUCUGCAUCUCAACUCCCAGCUUGAGCCAAGCCCACACAAGACCCACAUAUACAUUCUAACCAAGCCAGAGCACACAUUCAGCAUCGACCUGAACUCCUACGCAAGAGACACUCUCAGGACACAACAGAAUAAAAUAACUCUGUACACUCCAUCUAAUCUUCCCGUUUUGUCAGUUAUUAGCACACUGAAAAAGUACUUCCCUUCCUUCCAUUUCUUCCACUACUUUUCGCUAUACUACCGAAUAAAAACACCGCACGGCAGGUCUUUAAAACAGGCAAAGCCAAACGAGACAGUAUGCACCAUGCCCUCUGUUCUGUAUCUGCAGCCUGUAAACCCCUUCGAGCUCGCGCGCAUGCAGAGCCCCUCUUUCACAGGCGAGUUCUACCAGCUAAAAACUCUGAACAGCAGCACCGUCUUCUCCAAAAAAUACACAGUAAGCAUAUACGGACACUUUCUGUUCGCCGUUAAAAAAGGCUCUUCAAGCCCUCUAGGCCAGUCUCUGGAAGUCACUGCAGAUCUUAUUGCGUACAAACAAACAGUUGGAAAUAGAUCCCUUGCAGUUAUAGAACAGGGCGGCACCCGGUGGUCUCUCUACAGCAGAAACAGCGAAGCAGUGGAGAGCCUGCUGUACUAUAUCGAGCAGACGCCAAAGUACCAGCCGCGAGAGAUAGGAGCAGAAACAGCCAAAAGCUGGGAAAGGAAGUGCCACAAUGUGCAAAACAUCAUAUCCCACAACAUCUCCUCCUCCUCUCUCCCGCGCGCAGCUGUUCUCUUCCCGCAAGACGUUCCCAUGGUAAGAGAGGAGCUGAAUGAAAUAAAAAGCCCUGGCUUUCUUAUAAGAAAGCUCGAGGCGCACAUACAGAGAAGCAUAUGGGAUAAUGUCAACAUUGAGUUUAUUGUAUAUCUUUUGCAUUUGCAGGGCUUCUCUCUUACUGCAGAAAUUCACCAAGAGAUAAGAGACUUUUCCGCCCACAGAAAACGCAUUCUAAGCAAGCUAAAGGAGAUGGAAAAUGCCCUGUAG